CUGCGCAGGCGCAGCGCGACCGCGGUGGGCGGAGCCGGCGGAAUGAGUGGCGGCGGGCCGGAGGCCGCUGUGGGUGGUGAGGCCCCCGCGGCGGGCGGCAACAAGAAGAAGGACUCACUGGGAACCGCGGGGUCGCCGGCGCACCUCAUUAUCAAGGAUCUUGGAGAAAUUCAUUCAAGGCUAUUAGAUCACAGACCUGUUAUUCAGGGUGAAACCCGUUAUUUUGUGAAAGAAUUUGAAUACCGUGCUACAUUGGUAAAACCUAGGAAACCGACAUUGGAAAAACGUGGUCUUCGAGAAAUGCGAGUUCUUGAGAAUUUGAAGAAUAUGAUCCUUGAAACAAAUGAACAUACUCUUCCCAAAUGUAGAGAAACAAUGCAAGACAACUUAAACCAAGUUCUCCAGAGAUUGCAAGCAGCUACUGACUCAGUCUGUAGACUCCAACAGAGGGAGCAGGAACGAAAAAAGAUUUAUAAUGACCAUUUAAUAGCUAGUGAAAACCAGCAUAUAAUCCAGUGGGAAGAUUUCAUGAAAGAACAACACAACAAACAGGCUGAAGUGGAUGAAGAGCACAGAAAAGCUGUGGAGAGGCUUAAAGAACAAUAUGCUGAAAUGAAGAAGGACCUAGGAAAAUUUUCAACCUUUUGAGAACUUGAACCACGACAGUGUGAAAGCAUUGACUUGCCCCAAAGAACUAACUAUUCUCAUCAAACCAUUUAGCCUCUGCUUCAAGCUUAGCAAUAUAGUGACACUCAUAUCAGGAGAAAGAAACUUCUACUGGAGUACUGAUUAAAUGUUUAGUGGAAAAAGAGUGCUAUAUCUUUCCUGUUUAAGUGCCUAUGUAUAAUUAUUUGGGCAAGAGUAGGAAGAAAAAUUGGAUAAAUUUACUUUUUGUUAAUCAGAA